GGUCAUAAUCAGGAGCAUCUGGCUGAAUGUUAUUAUAUGCCGGAGGACUAUGAUGGUCUGGAGAGACUUGCAAACUCCCUACCAGAAAAUCAUAAACUUCUAACAGACAUUGGUCAGAUGUUUGUUACCGUGGGAAUGUGUGAGCAGGCCGUCAGUGCAUUUCUGAAAUGUAACCAGCCCAAAGCAGCUGUGGAUGCCUGUGUGCAUCUAAACCAGUGGAAUAAAGCUGUUGAACUUGCCAAAAACCACAGUAUGAAGGAAAUUGGGCCACUGCUGUCCAAAUACACCUCACAUCUGCUGGAGAAAAACAAAACUCUAGAGGCUGUAGAGCUCUACAGAAAAGCCCAACUUCCACACCCAGAUCAAAAGCUCACAGCAAAGCAAAACCAAGAGCAAGAAAUCAGAGGCUACCAGUGCAUUAGCAGGGCUGUUAGAGGAAGAUGAGUCGUCUUCAGACAGCCGUAUCCUGGAUGACGCCUGGCGUGGGGCAGAGGCCUAUCAUUUCUUUCUGCUUGUGCAGAGACAGCUGUAUGAAGGCAAGCAAGGUGGACGCGGCCAUGAGGACAGGUGACACUUAAAA